AUCAGUAUUUUAUAUUAUUCAUUUAAAAUUAUCAAAUAUUAUAAUGUUAAUAAAAAAGAUUUUAUUUAAUUUACAACCAUCAUUUAGGAGAACGAUAUGUUUACGUUUCUUUUGCAACAAGGACAUUAGAAACAUCGGCAUUUUAGCCCAUAUUGAUGCAGGAAAAACUACAACAACAGAACGAAUGUUGUUUUACUCCGGCAAAAUACAUUCACCUGGAGAAGUACAUCGUGGUAAUACCGUUACUGAUUGUUUAACUCAGGAACGUGAGCGAGGAAUUACAAUUUGUAGCUCAGCAGUAUCAUUUAGUUGGAGUGGCAACAGAAUAAAUUUAUUGGAUACUCCUGGACAUAUUGAUUUUACAAUGGAAGUGGAACAAUCAUUGCAUGCAGUUGAUGGUGUCAUUAUUGUUUUAGAUGCUGCAGCCGGUGUAGAAGCUCAAACGCUUACAGUUUGGGCACAGGCCAAUAAACAUUCACUGCCCAGAAUUGUGUUUGUGAAUAAAAUGGACCGUACUGACUCAGAUUUCGAAAAAUGUAUAGCAGAUUUAAGAAUAAAAUUGGGUGUUAAACCAUUAUCUUUACAGAUACACAAAAAUGAUGACAACAAAACUUUAACUAUUUACGAUGUUAUAACCUUACAAAAAUAUCGGUGGAAUUCAGAAACUUUAGGUAGAGAUUAUGUAACAGAGAAUUUAGUUGCUGGCGAUGAUAUGUUUUUAAAAUUACAACAUAGAAGAAACGAGUUGAUAGAUGAAUUGUCUGGACUAGAUGAUGAAUUGGCAGACUUCGUAAUCAAACAUGAAAGUUUUGAGAAUAUAACUAAUAAAAUGAUAUAUGAUGCCCUACGGCGCACAACUUUGAAUAAUAAAACUGUACCUGUGAUACUUGGUUCAGCCUAUAAAAAUAUAGGCAUUCAAAAAUUAAUGGAUGCCGUAAUUCAGUAUUUACCAGCUCCACAUGAACGGAACCAGAUUUAUGACUGUUUUGGCAACGAUUUUGUUGGUAAGGUUUUUAAAAUAAUUCAUGAUAAACAUCGUGGGCCGUUAACGUUAGUUAGAGUAUAUCGCGGAAAUAUGAAAAAAGGACAAAAAGUCACUUUAUCGCGAGGUGGGCAAGAAAUUUUAAAUAAAAUUUUUGAACCAUUAGCUGAUGAAUAUCGCGAAAUCGACACUGUACAGGCUGGUAAUAUUGGCAUAUGCAGCGGUCUUAAGAAUACUACAACUGGAGAUUUGUUAAUUGAGAGCACAAGUUCCCUAAAAAAUGCACAAAAACGACUGAAAAACAUUUAUAAAAAUGAGGAAUUUGAAAAGAAAGAUGAAAUUGAGGAAAACAUUAUAAAUGAAAUUUUUUCGACUGAACCACAGGUUCCAGUAGCUGUUUAUUUUUGUUCGAUUGAACCGCCAAAUUUGUCAACACAAAGCGCCAUGGAACUUGCGUUAAAACAAUUACAGCGCGAAGAUCCUAGUUUGACUGUUCGGCACGACGAAGUAACAGGACAAACAGUUUUAGGCGGAAUGGGUGAACUACAUAUGGAAAUUAUAAAAUCCCGAAUUUUGACUGAAUAUAAGAUUGAUGUAGAUUUGGGUCCUUUACAAAUUGCUUACAAAGAAACAAUUGAUGCAUCUGCAAAGGAAACUUAUUUCGUUGAAAAAGAUAUUGCUGGUAUUAAGCAAAAUGUUACAAUAACGCUUGAGUUAAUAAAAGGAUGUCAUGAUUUAUUUAGCAUAGACAAAUCUCCAGAAAAUGUGGCAAAUGUAAACAUGUUACGACCACGAAUGUUGCAAAUAAUACGAAAAGGUGCACUUUCUGCUUUAGAAAGAGGACCAAGAGUUGGGGGACAAGUGGUAGAUACUCAAAUUAAACUGCAUAAUAUUGUCGUUGGGCGUGGAACGGCGGAUUCUUUUAUAAUGGCUGCGGCAGUACAAUGUAUUCAGAAAAUACUGAACACUAUAGGAACUCGUUUACUAGAACCUGUAAUGGAAAUUCAAAUAGUUUCACCUGCUGAAAAUAUUUCACAAAUUCUUGCAGAUUUAUCUCGACGACGUGGAAUAAUUAACGAAAUUGUACCAAAAUCCAAUAAUAAGGUAAUUACGGCAAAAGUUCCUUUAGCUGAGUUGUUUGGAUAUUCUACAAGUUUACGUACAAUAAGCUCUGGCACUGCUAUGAUGACAAUGCAGCCAUGUGGUUUUUCUAGUAUGAAUACAAACGAUGAAAUAGUUGCAAUACGGCGAACACAGGGAUUCGAAUAGCUUUUGAAAACAAUAAA